UUCCACUUGUGGCCGGCAGGUAAAUUUGUGAAGGACCAACUCAUAUCCCAGAGUUCCGGUUUGAAGCGUUCUUUUUAUGUUGUCAGCCAUUAAGAAAAGGAGAAAUGGCGGUCAGGUAUCCUAUGGCCGUUGGCCUUAAUAAAGGUCAUCCUGUGACCAAGAAUGUGUCAAAGCCCAGACACUGCCGCAGAAGAGGGCGGCUGACUAAGCACACAAAGUUUGUCCGAGACUUGAUCCGGGAGGUAUGUGGUUUUGCUCCCUAUGAGAGACGAGCAAUGGAGUUGUUGAAGGUCUCUAAGGAUAAACGUGCUUUGAAGUUCAUCAAGAAACGGGUUGGAACUCACAUUCGUGCAAAAAGAAAGAGAGAAGAACUUAGUAAUGUUCUGGCAGCAAUGAGAAAAGCUGCUGCCAAGAAGGAUUAAGUCCUCUACGUUUCUCUUCAAUAAAA